GCAAGCAAAUGUUUGCUGCCCAGUAACUACAGAGAGAAACUCCAUAUAUGGCCACAGGGUAGCUUGGUGAAGGGCCUAACCCCAAUGAAGUUGUUACUCCCUGAAUACAAGGACUCUGAAAGUUCAUGUGAUGCCAGUCCAGGGGUGGGUCUUCCCUGGCAUUUUGAGCCAUCCUGUUAGAGAAUAAACAGGAGAGAUAGGAUCGAGUUUUAGCCAGGAAGGGUGGCACAGCCCUGAGAGAGAAUAGCAGGAUGUGCCACAAAGAAAUAAUAAUUUAGCAAGGAAAACCGCACAGCUACUGUUGGAAAAUUUUGUCACCAUCCCAAGAUCUCUCAGUCCUUGGUCUGACGGGGCCACCUCCUCAGCCUGGUGUAAAUUAGCCCAGUGCCAUUCAUGUCAACAAGCAUGUGGCUGGAGGGGAGAAAUUCCCUAGAUUUGAGGCAGGCAGUCUUUGGAGGUCUCCCAAAGCUCGCCCACCCCGGGAUCAUCUCCAGGAGGCAGUGGCACUGCAUCAUACAGGGUCUAACUCUUUGUCCUAAGGAAGAGUAUGUCACCAAGCCCCGCCACAUGUUUGAGCUGACAUGGGCGUAAGCACGUUUCUCAUCAUGCGAAUUGUAGCUGCACGCUCCCCGCCUUGGCUUCCUCUAUGCAAUGUGGCCCCGUAUGUUGCUAAUGGUCUACGUCACCCAAACUAACUCGCCCUCCCAGCAGCUCUCUUUGGGAUUCUCAACAGGGUAUCCACAAACUACAGGCCCUGUAGGCCGACAUCUCCUCCACCCAUCAGAGCCCAUUCUAGAUCUGUGUUGGGAACAGAAGAACUUCAGCCACGGUUCUGGACCUGUCGGGAGCAGACAGGACGUCAGCCUUUCAAACUGGCAUCUUUCCUUUAUACUCAGUUCACUCAACUCCCCCUCCCCAUCACCAAAGAGGAAUCAUUAAAGGAAUAGAUCUGUUACGGGAAGACAUUUUCCAUGUGCCAAGCCAAUUGUUCCUGUUCCCAUUGUCUGCUGAACAGAAGAGCCUCUUGAGCGGAGGAGCUGAGACUGUCGGAAGAGGCCUGUUAGUGGAACAAACCCUGUAACAAGAUAACUGCGUUUUUUUUUUUACUUCUUUUUUUUCCCCCUGCUCGGCAAACUGUAUAAUAAAAAUACAAUGAGGCCCUUUUCAAACAGACACUUAUUAAAGUAACAAACCCAUUUUAAGAGUAAACUUCCAAUGGCUCUGAAAGGUUAAGUACAAUGGAAAUGUGACCCGCUGGUGGAAUGGAACUUUCCUUUUGUGUGGGCUUGAAAAAUGAAUACAUUUUCACUGAGCCACAGACUGAUUGUUCCUGGUUCCCCCAUUGUCCAGGCAACAAGGCAGCCCUCUUACCCAGCUACAUACCAGUGAGAAGGAGAGAGACCUGUGACAAGAACAGACUAGUUUUUAUCUCCCCUCUCUCCUGCACAGUGGGGUUGUGCAUGAAGCAGAGGUAUUGCAGUAAUAAGAGCUAGAAGACCCUGACCCUUUGAUCUCCCUUGCUCAGUUAAUUGCCAUUCCUGGUCUAUUGUGAUGCCAGGGCCGGCCACCUAGAUGUUCCCAUCCCAGUUCUCGCAUGCUGACCUUUGAAGAUCGGGAUGUCCAUGAGGAGCCCUGUUUCUCCCCACCUGGAACUCGAUGGAGCGGGAAGCAUGGUGAACUGCACCAUCAAGACAGAAGAGAAGGCUGAUAGCUGUCAGGAGUCACCCCAGGCAGCCCCUGCCGGCUCCGAAUCCCAUGCCAGCGAUUUGCAUGGAGUGCCGCUGAGGGAGAAUGCUGAGCCCCGGGCGCUUCCACAGGAAUCCCAAUCUCCCGUGAGCAACGCGCUAGACGCCAGGAGGUCUGCUUUUGAGCCUGCCGUCAUCAGCCAGGAAAAGUUAGAUUUCCACAGAAACUUGAAAGAGGUUAUGCCAACCAUUGAGAAGUUACUCUCCAGUGACUGGAAAGAAAGGCUUCUGGGUAGAAGCACCAUGGAAUCCAAAGAGGUGAAAGGAACCCAGGAGAGCUUAGCGGAGAAGGAGCUGCAGUUGCUCGUCAUGAUCAACCAGCUCUCUACCUUGCGGGACCAGCUUCUGACGGCCCAUUCGGAGCAGAAGAACAUGGCGGCCAUGCUGUUUGAGAAGCAGCAGCAGCAGAUGGAGCUGGCUCGGCAGCAGCAGGAGCAGAUCGCCAAGCAGCAGCAGCAGCUCAUCCAGCAGCAGCACAAGAUUAACCUGCUGCAGCAACAGAUCCAGCAGGUCAACAUGCCCUAUGUCAUGAUUCCAGCUUUUCCUCCCAGCCACCAGCCACUUCCUGUGGCCCCAGACUCCCAGCUAGCACUUCCUAUCCAACCCAUCCCUUGCAAACCAGUGGAGUACCCCAUGCAGCUGCUGCACAGCCCUCCUCCCCCGACGCUGAAGAGACCCGCGGGCGCAGGCCAUCUCCAGAUGCAGGAGUCUUCACAGCCACUGAACCUCACGGCCAAACCCAAAAGCUCUGAGGCCUCCAGUGCCUCCAGAUCACCCAGCCUGAAGAUGAGCAGCUGCCGAGCCCUCACUCCCAACCACGGGAUCACGAGGGACCUGCAGUCCAGCCCUCCCAAUCUGCCUCUGGGAUUUCUGGGAGAGGGGGAUGCCAUCACGAAAGCCCUCCAGGAUGCGCGGCAGCUGCUGCACUGCCAUAGCGGGGCAACAGAGAGCUCUCUGAAUAACCCCUACAGGAAGGACCAAAUGAGCUUGGAUUCCUCACCAGCGAAGGAGCGGAUGGAGGAGACGUGCGCGCACAGACUGGAAGAGUCCAUGUUAGCCUGUGAUGUAGAUGGCUCACGACACUUCCCCGAGUCCCGGAACAACAACCACAUAAAGCGGCCCAUGAAUGCUUUCAUGGUGUGGGCCAAGGAUGAGAGGCGAAAGAUUUUGCAGGCCUUCCCAGACAUGCACAACUCCAGCAUCAGCAAGAUCUUGGGGUCCCGGUGGAAGUCGAUGACGAACCAAGAGAAGCAGCCCUACUACGAGGAGCAGGCACGGCUGAGCCGGCAGCACCUGGAGAAGUACCCCGACUACAAAUAUAAGCCCCGGCCCAAACGCACCUGCAUUGUGGAAGGGAAGCGGCUGCGCGUGGGCGAGUACAAGGCGCUGAUGAGGAACAGGCGGCAAGACACCAGGCAGGGUUUCUUGAUAGCGCCGCAGGGCAGUCAGAUGCAGGCGUCUUCAUCGGAGGUCCUGUACCAGAGGCCGGUGGGCAUGCAGCUGGCACCCCCGCUGAUGGAGCACUACCUGCCCCGCAGCAUGGACCCCAACAUGCCUGUCAUCGUCAACACACGCAGCCUCAAGUCGCACGAGGCUGAUGGCGAGGAGGACAGGCACUCGGUGGCAGACGGCGAGAUGUACCGGUACAGCGAGGAUGAGGACUCUGAGGGCGAGGACAAGAGUGACGGGGAGCUGGUGGUGCUCACAGACUGAGCAGAGGACAGGGGUCGGGUGGGGUGAGCGAGUGCGAAGGGCGGGGCAGCAUCAGAUUUCGCGGUGUGGGACUGGAACGAAAGAGUGGACCGAGCAGGCAGGAGGUGGGAAUGGGUGUGGAAAAUCUGCCGUCACCGCAUGGCUCCCUGGUCUAGGAAGUGACCAGACUCACGUGGCCCCGCUUGCAAACCUCUCUGCAUGCAGAGCCCUUUGCAGCAGGGCCGCCCUUGCCCCCCAACUGGCGUGGCCUGCGGGGCUGUGCCGGAUGCAUGUGGGACAACAGGAAGUGCACGCGGCAUGGGAGGAACCCCGGGCUCGUUCUCAGGCCAGCUGGGAGAGGUGCGGUGCCGUGCAUCUCCCCCAGCAGCAGCCGGGAUGAUGCCUGGCAUGAGCAGCUCCUGACGUCUGCAGGGGAGAGAUGCCUGGCCCCAAACACUGGCUCAAAGGGGAGAGGAUGCAGGUCUAGCACGGCUGGGUGAAGGGCUUGGGUUUAAAGCCUGGCUUGUGGGAAAGGUGAUGGCUGGUGGAUGUGGAGGAACCCAGCUCCCCUGGGCUGAGCCAUGUUGUGCUCCGGGGCUGUGCGCGGACAGCCAGACCUGCGGGGGCGAAACCACAGAAGAGAGGAGAUGCAGGUAGGGUUGAGCCGCCGCAGUGGGGAGGAUCGCUACCUCCUGCUGGCUAGGGAACCAGCCCACUUCCCGCCCCCCCUCUCCCCCCCCAGCACUGCAGGUCCGUGCUCGCUCUGGGAGAAGGCUUAGCGCCUAGGGCUCGGAGCAGUUGGCCAGGAGUCCCAAGUGAGCUACCAACAGCCCAGACAGGCAACGCCUCCUGAGUCUCUCUCGCAGCUGAGCUAACCGGGCAUGUGGGGGUGCAGGACAGAGGCUGGACACUUAAUCCCCCUAUUCCCCCCCAUGCACACCAGUGUUACAAAUGCAUGUGCUGCUGGGCAGGCUUGGCAGGGGUUAAGAGAGGCCAGACCCCAGCGGCUGGGCAGACCUUUGUCCAUUGUCUUCCCACCGCCCCCCUCCCGGCCCCCUCUCCCGGAAAGCUCUUGUGCAGCCAGCUGAGGAGAAUCCUCACCUGUUCUGGGCCCGGCCAGCUGCAGCAACACAGUCCCCGCCAUUCAGCCAGGCUCUCGGGGGCCUGUUGGCGUCUCUGCAGCAAAUGUCCGGGUGGAACACUUGUUCCUCAUUCAGUCAGAGUUCCGGCCCAUCCUGCCCUCGCCCCCCGCUCCGGCCUUUCUCUCGUCCCCCCUCCCACUCUCAGCCCUGCCAGUAAAUUCCCACGGAGCCAUUUUUAGCUCUCGCCUUGCAUGAGUAAGAGCCAAGGUCUCCGAGGAGCCUUUUGUACUCCCGACAGCUCUGGCCUAGUUUGUAAAUAAAGCUGCUGCCCGUUGCCUUGCAGCAGCGUAGCAGGGCACGCUGCUGCCGGGGCACAGAGCCCCUGCCUGUCCCAGCAGGGCCACAUUGGCUAACGGAGCCUAUACCAGACAGGGACCCUUGGUUGGGAUUCCCCUGUGGCUCCCCCCACUGAACCCCGUUGCCUUCCGGAGCCGAUGCUGCUCUCCGGGCUCUCCUACAGCUUUGCAAAUCUAUUUGCGCCAACAGCCGCUGCCAGCUCCUGUUGCCACCAAACAUACCAGCUGUGCUCCCUUCAGCUCCCUCCUGCCUGGAGCAUGCAUGGUACAAGUGAGGCCUCAGGGCUGCCAGGCAGGUCCUAGUGUAGGACCCUGGCUCUCCCUGGUGGCAGGAGCCGACACAGCAUCCAGAACAAGCCAGCAGUCCACAGGCCUAUCCAGGGAGCUAGCCCUGGCCUAGAGGAAGGAGAGAGGCUGUUCAGAGCAAGCUCUCUCCACUCUCAGAGCUGGGCUGCUCCUUGCCUGCAGAUUCCUUCACCAGCCUGGCUCAGGCUGCUGCGGGAGUGAAAAGCCCCGCACCCAGGCUGCUAACAGCUAGAGAUGCUGGAGGUUCCCUCGGCCUGUCCUGGGGAUGGAGGCGAGAGGAGCCUACGCUCUCUGCCCCCUGAUCUGACGGUGGCUGAUGUGCAAAGACAUCCCCUUGGGUUGUCCACCUCGUGCGCCGCCCUGCUCACCAAUCUCCCGUCCCCCCCCCCGGCAUUCCCACUAGAGGAGCGCAGCCCACGGAGGUUGAUGGGGGACAUGCGGCUCGUGGGAAAGAGCCGCCCGAGGUCGCAUGGGUAUAGCUGGUUGCCUGUGUGGCACAAGUACUGGCCCAGUGGCCUGCAUCAGUAUUGCUGCAUUGAAUCUGCAGGACCUCUGUGGCUCUGUCCCUCUUUCUUCUUGUUUUCUCACCUGCUGCUGUCCUUGUUGCAAUUGCUGUCCCCUUGGCGCAGCGCUCCCCUGCUGGCCUGGGGCCCGAGCCCCGUUCCUGGCUUGGUCUUGCUUCCUCAGAACCUCUAAUCCCAGGUGGUCUGGUUUUCCUUUGGCAGUGUAGCACCUUCCAGGUAGGGGCAUCCGUUGGCUGAGCUUAGAGGGCUGCCGAGGUUAGCAAGGCUGGGAGGAGGAGGGUCUCUCUAGAGUUCUGUCCAGUAGCCCUCUGCAUUGAUGCGGGCGGGGGCCCAUCCCCCUGGCCUCGAGCCUAAUGUAGGCUCAGCGCUGGUCGCUGAGUCAGAAAUCAGUGUGUGUGCAUGUGAGAGCGUGAAUAGUGGUCCCCAGAUGGGGGGCAGAACCUAGCAGUUUGGGAACUGAGGGGACGUGUGUGCGUGCCUGUAGGCUGAACCUUGCGACAACCUCAAAGGCCCAGUGGCAUUUCUGUCCACUCCCUGUAGCCCUGUCAGCACUCGCCCAACCUGUGCUGGCUUUCCCAGGGCAGGGCUCAGCUCAUCUAGGAGGUCCUUUCUCAGUUAUUUAGUAGCCCUGCCCCACCCCUGGGCUCCAGGUUCGUGGGACUAGGGGAGAAGGGAAGGGGUCUGUACAGGCAGGGAUGCCGCUGGAAAUAGGAAUCGCCCCCCCGUUUUGUAAAUGUGCUCCAGAUGUGCCGAGGUGACCAGCUGGCUUUUUUUUUAUGACUGUAAAUAUAGAUAGAGCUUUAUUUUGUUAAUAAGACGAGUAAUUUAACCUGUAUAUUUCACGUACCUGUUUACAACGGUGGGGUUUUGUUUUUUGGUUUUCCCCUCUUGACACAAUAAAGAGGAUGUUUUGGA